GCAGCGGUGGCAGGCAAGGCAUUACAGUGAAGUGAAAUCGAACCGUCAAAAACAUAUUGUUGAUGUAAAACUUCAUGAAAUUAUUGUAAAUUCAUCAUGGUUAGAACAGUGUAUUCCCCUGAAUACUGCCUUCAGUAUCUUGAACAGUAUGCGUCAAAAGAAACUUUCGUGAUUGGACUUAUUCUAGGUCAGACGACAGAUUCACGUGAGAAUGUUAUACAUUUGGCUCGUACUCCAGAGGAGAAAAGUCAAGACAAUGCUGCGGAAAGCGAGCCAUUCUCAGGCCCUGACAAGUCUGAGGUUGUUAAGAGUCUGGCGGGAGUGUCGGAGGCGUGGAUAGCAGACCACGCUAAACAUGUUACUAGGAUGCUGCCCGGAGGGAUGUUUGUUCAAGGUAUAUUCAUCACAAGUGACGAAGAUAUAUUCGAUGAUCCGAACUGCUUCAGCAGAGUCAAAGCAAUAUUGAAUUAUACAUACAAGUCGCUCAACACGAAUCCUCUCAUGUACGGUAACUGCCCUGGGGUAACAGAAAGGCUUGUCCUACACAUGUCGACUAGCACAAAAGUUCUCACAUGCAAGAGUGUGGAAGUGGGUUCAGUGAAGAAUGUAUUGACUAGGCCUGUUGAUUGGAAAUUUUUGCCGAAGCCGCAGCAGUGGCAGAGGCUGGACUGCUACUUUGAAUUUGAUGAUGUUUAUCCAGUAAUUGUGAAGAAAAGUGGUAUUUCUGUUAAACAACAAUUCCAACAAAUAUUGGAAUCAGCACAGAAAACAAUAGAGUCCAGCGUUAUGUUCAUAGACGGAGAGCUAAAGACUGGUUCGGAAGCUUUAGAGAAUUUGAACAAGAAAAAGAAACCAAAAACAAAUGUAAAAGUCACUCAGCAAGAAGCGCUGAAAUCCAUGCAAGUGUCAUUGUUUGUGCCAUUUGAGACCUGUCUCCCAGAAUCUGUCGAGUACCUAGAAUGCGAUGGCAGCAUACACUUCAGUGGUGUCGUCUCGUCCAGCGUAUUCCUGUACCCUAAAGCGACGGUCAGUGAAGCCAUAUCCGCGGUCAAACAGGACAUAGUGCGGUCACUGGCUUCCCGAUUCACUAUGCACUGUGAUGCCUUGAUUGAUGACAAUCUAUUGCCUGAAGAGAAAGUCUGCUUCAACGAGCCGCCCCGAAGAGUCCUAGUUCCCGUAGGCUCUCUGUUCCUGUGCGACUACUUGUUCCCCGGCGAAGCACCGGCUGAGGCGCUGCUUUCCGUACGGGAACUGCUGGACCUGCAGAUCACUGAGGCAGACGUUGUCUGCGACGUUGAGACACCUGCAGAUACUUCAGAGUUUGAUGCCCUCGACCGAGAUGCCAGCAGCGAAGAGCUCCUCGCAACUCCCCAAGAAGCCAGCCAAUUCAUGUACAUAACCGGCAUUUGUUUCGCCCUGUUCGUCCUUAUAGUCUCCAUACUGGUGCACUAUUACGACACGAUAGUUCUGGUCUUGAGCAAGCUGGCGUCCAAGUCUAACUAAUUCACUAGUCUAAGGGCCUACCGCGAACCAAUCAUAAUUGGAGUGAAAAAGAUGGCCGUGGUAGGCCUUCUAAGCCACAGACAAUACAGACAACGCGUUCUGGUACGUUUAGAAUGAGCCCGAGAUCACUACGCAUAGGUGAAAUUUGACUUGUGUAAUCAGCACAACGAGUUGUAUUUUUACACCAUUUUAUACUAAAUACAACAUCCCUGUUGACCUAAAGCUCAAUCUUUAGUAAUAUUUUUUGUAUUCGAGUACUACAUACUUGCAACUAAAACAAGGAGUCGCGCUUCCGAAGUUGCACAAGAACGCUUGUGUGGUGAUCUCGAUUGUCAUUCCUUUGUGUUCUGUCUAGGAGUCUGUGGUCUGUCAACUCGGUACCAACUAAGCAAGCGACAGUGUAUAAUAGCGUUACCAUGAACGUCAAACUCUUAUGAAAUGAAAUCAAACUAUGGUACAGCAAGAAUCAUGAAUCCCCGUCUCGACGCUACAGUCAGCGUUCCUGCGUGAUCCUGUGAAAUGUGGACGUUAACAGAGUACCUAGCUCCGGACACUGUAGUAUAUUUAUAUCCGAUUCGGUACUGACUUAGCUCAUUCUGGUUAUGUGACCGAUGGUGACAAAACGAUUAGCGAUCAAUUUUGCUUAAAUGAAUGCCACGUAAUAAACGAUUUUUAAAAGGCGAACAACGAACCUGCUUUUGACUUUGAUGAUAUAACCAGGCAUCGUCAAUUUUCUAGAAAUUUAGGUGCAGCCUUGUCGCGUUAAAGUAUGUUCGAAUCUAGCUGGAAUAGUUAGAACCUGAAAUGAUCGCAUACCUAAAGAAACGUUUGUAUACACUCCUUUAUUUCUACCAUGCUGCACCGAAAUGGCUAGAAAAUGUACUCUGUCUAAUGUUGACAUUAAAAAUCACGAUAACAAACAAAUAAAAACUAAGUUAUAGUCAGAAAUCGCUCUUACAAAAGUUGCAAAUCAGCUAUCGUUACUUACUAAUCGCUGUUGCUCGGUCAAGUUUAUAAAGCCGUAUUUGGGAAGUUUCAAACCAAUCUGCAUUCCAUUAACUUGUCGAAUAUUGAAAAAUUCAUUCUCUACGUAAAUUGCGGUCUAAAUAUCGUUCCACAUUUAAAAUUUUACAAGGGACAAGUCAAAUUUGAAGGACGCUUAAGAUUUCUGCCGUCGAGGAAGAAAUAUUUCUGUAGCCAUAGAACACAUAGUCUUAUAUUAAUCAGAGCAAAUUAGUUUUCUCGCUCCACUCGGUGAAUGAUGUCUUUAUCGCGAAAAAGAUAAUCUUGCAUUUAUUAUUCAAGUGAGUAAUUAACAUAAUAAUUAGUUAUUGAUUGAUUGAUAUGCGUAACAACGUUUUAAUUUCAUGGCAUUCGUGAUGAGCUUAGGGACCCCGUAAAGUAAAAUUCAGCUGAAAUAUUAAUAUAUGACCGUUUGCUGCACAGUCAUUCCUUUCUUUUACUGUAACUUGAACUGGCAUGAAAUUAAACCGCUUUUACCGAUCAGUAUUGAUGUGAGAAGAAUUUUGUAUAAUGUCAAAUUUGAAGCCAUAACAUUGAUAACAUGUAUUUAGACAGACUAAGAACUUAUAAGAACUAUAUUUAGUUGAUUGAAUGUUCCAUUGAAUUAUAUAGUAAUGUACCGAAUAUAGAAAAGCAAUUCAUAAGAUCAGUAAAAUUGGGAUAUAAAAUCUAAUACUAUCACUAAGGCGUUGAUAAAACUUGAAAAACAACUCGUAUGUUACUGAUACAGAUUAUCCAAUGGAAUAAAAUGAAUUAAUUUUAUAAUUAGAAUUAGAAAUUUUAUUCGUGUGACAAGAGUUGUGUAGGUAAUACGGUUAUAUUUUUAUGGCUACUUUUUAUGUACAGAGGACAGAGGUUGCUGCGUUGAAUUGUGUAAUAUUACUUAUUAAAUAACAUUUGUUGA